ACGGCGACGCAUCGCUUUUUACGCACAACACGACCGCGGCGUUACACCGGAGUCCGAGCAGCUCUUUGUCACAUUAUGGUAGUUUCAUGUGCGACACACGGCUGGGUGCAAUUCUGAGCUUUUUGAAAUCGACAUACACUUUUCCCGGACCUGCAGAGUUGAUUGAUCUCUCGCUUCUGUCGCGCGUAAAACCUGUGUGCUCGUAAAUUUGAGCUAAAACAUCAAGAUGGAAAACUUUACUACAGCUCCAGAGAUGAACCACACUUUGGGGCUUUGGACGGCCCACAGCAUCCAGUACAAAGUGAUAAGUAGUUUGCUGCUCUUCGUCAUUUGCGCUUUAGGAGUCGUUGGAAACGUUAUGGUCAUCCUGGUGGUGCUCACUACCAAACACAUGAGGACUCCAACCAACUGCUACCUGGUGAGUUUGGCGGUUGCUGAUCUGAUGGUGCUGUCAGCGGCUGGUUUACCCACAAUCACAGAGAGCAUCUUUGGAUGCUGGGUGUUUGGCCACUAUGGGUGCCUCUGCAUCACCUACUUUCAGUAUCUCGGGAUCAACGCCUCCUCUUGCUCCAUAACAUCCUUCACCAUAGAGAGAUACAUCGCCAUCUGUCAUCCGAUUAAAGCUCAGUUUCUGUGCACCCUCUCCAGAGCCAAAAAGAUAAUUUUGUGCGUCUGGGCUUUUACUUCUUUGUACUGUGUGAUGUGGUUCUACCUGUCAGACAUCCAGGAGCUGGUGUACGACAACAUCACCAUCAUCAUGUGCGGGUACAGAGUCCCCAGGAAGUUUUAUUUGCCCAUUUAUUUCUUUGAUUUCGGAGUCUUUUUCGUGUUGCCGCUGCUGCUGUCCGCGGUGUUGUACGGACUCAUCGCCAGGAUCCUCUUCCUGAACCCGCUUCCCUCCAACCCCAAAGACAAGAAGAAGAACGGACUCAACAACCAGAGCAACAUCAAGAAAACCAGCUGCAAGAACUCCCGUCACUCCAGCUCCACCGCGACCUCCCGCAGACAGGUGACCAAGAUGCUGGCUGUAGUGGUGAUCUUGUUCGCCACGCUCUGGAUGCCAUACCGCACUCUGGUGGUGGUCAACUCCUUCCUGGACCCAGCCUACUUGGACAACUGGUUCCUGCUUUUCUGCCGGAUCUGCAUCUACCUCAACAGCGCCAUCAACCCGGUCAUCUACAACGCCAUGUCUCAGAAGUUCCGCGCCGCUUUCCGCAAGAUCUGCCGCUGCGGCAGGAAAGGCUCAGAUAAGCCCACCGCCUACAGCGUGGCGCUCACGUACAGCGCGGUCAAGGACACGUCGAUGGUGGAGAGCACCGACCCCUUCACUACAGAGCUGGAGGAGCUCACCGCCACGGACGAACUGCUGUCUGAACAGAAAGCGAUGUUCCCUGAACCUUGUGUGAAUUUCAGCGACGCCUGAGCUUCGUUUGGAAAGGGUCAAUUGGGGAUUCAAGAGUCUGAAAAUGUUGCUUAAUGGAGUCUGUUAAGUGGAAAUAUGGUUUCCUGAGUGCCUGGUGACCUUUUCAAAGCCAGGCUGCUUCAGCACACAGAUUACAGCCACUGAUGCGUAAUAACAGUG